AUGCUCCAUGUUCAGGCUUUGCAGAAGGCCUUCGUAACCACAAGCCUGCCGCAAAUCACCAUCAUCUUGGAGGCCAUGGCGAUUGCUCGACACAGCUACGAGGAAGCCUACCAGGCUGGAGGGACCGAUGCGCCAAACUGCCCUCAGCUUUUUAUGCCCGGCGUCAUGGGCGAGCAAGGGGCCUUGCAUUGUCAAGAAGGAUCUGACGAUGAGGUGGUGGAGUUUGGCUUCGCGCUGGCCUUGGCCGCGCAGCGGGUCCCAAGGCAGUGCUACCUGCGGCUAAAGGAGGGCCUGGAGAUGCAUUUGGGCUCUCUGGGUGGAGAGCGCGUGAGGUUGUUGUCAUGGGCCUGCUGGGAGGCCGGCGCCAAGCUGCCAGACCUGCUGGGCCUGCCGCCCAAGGAAGUGCCCACGGAGCUGGCGGAGCACGUUUGGUCCUCCUGUUCCACGCUCGCCGCGGAAAAGUCCAACCGCCUGGUGAACGGCUGGCCGCUGCCGCUGGUUGAGGCCCAGGUCUUUGAGGCGAAUCAGCUGCAGUCGUUGAUCCAACUGGCGGAUGACAUGGACCUUUGGCGGCCCUCAGCCCGUAGCGGUGGCCAGGCUUUGCCAGGAUGUCCUUGGACCGCCUUGCUGAGCUCCGCGCACCGCUCGCAUCCCUCGGCCUCGGCGCUGCGCCGCUUCCUCGCGGAAGCCUUCCAGGCGCCGCUGGAGCAUGUGGAGGCGGUGAGGCUCAUCCGGUACCGCCCGGGGGAGGCGCCGCUGAACAGCCGCAGCGACGCGCUGGCGUGUAGCGACACCAGCCUGUGGCUCAGCGGCCAACGCCUGGCGGUCGCCAUGCUGCAGUUGUCCGCGGAGGGGGAGACGUUCUUCCCGAACCUCAACGAGGGCCAGGGCCUGACCAUCGCCCAAAGCCCCGGCAAGGCCCUGGUUUGGCCCACGGUGGACCGCCACGGCGAGCCCACGACCUUCGCGGAGCGCAGGGCGCUGGCGCCCGAAACCGCGUCCCGGGUGCUGGCGGUGACCUGGUUGCGUACGGGCCCGGCUCCCGGGGAGGCCGCGGUGUUCGGCUUGGAAAAAGGGAGCUGCUUGACGCUGCCUUUUGCCACGCUGCUUCAUGUUAUCAGCCGGCCGUCCAGUUGGCCGGCGCAAGCAGGUUACCACAUGCGCCUUUUGCUUGUGGCUGCCUUCUGCAGUUCUGCAUUUGCUGGACUCCCCCCUGCACAGCAGGAGGUGGUCGACAGGGCAAGGAAUGCAUCGAAAGAUGCCUCCGAAGAGGCCGACAAGCUGCUGUUAGCCAGGUUUGGAUCCCAUUGGUUCCGAUGGGAACUGAUGCGGCAGGGCGAUGAGGGGAGGCGCUUGGCCUCCCUCUCUGCGCAGCAGCUGCUGGAAGAAGUGAAGGCAGCCUUGCAAGAUUUGGAGUGGGUCACGAAUUUCGGCUUGGAUGCGGACAGCUUGAAGGAUCAUCCUGGGGAGUCUGCUUUGGGGCUGAAGACGGUGGACGCUUUCCAGGGCCGCUUCCCGAGCAUCUGGGAGCUAAAGACCUUGAACUCCUCCAUCGUGGCCAAUGUGUCGCAGGCGCAAUGGGGCAUUUUGGAGGCCGCAGAGACGGGGCUCUACGGCCUGCCCGCCUUCCAGCGCUUUGCGCAGCCCACCGAGCAGGAGGCACGGCUGCGGCCGAGGUACCUUGCUGGCAACACCCGAAAGCUUGCGCUCGGAGUUCAGCGCUACGGCGCGAUGGCUGCAGUCCUGCGGGACGACGUGGUGCGCGAGCGGGGCCUGGUCUUGGGCGCCGACACUGGGGGCUGGGAAUCCGUGUGCAACAAAUCGGUCACACCGGUGCAUAAGCCAGACUGGAUCAUGAAGAUCAUCGAGGACCUGAGUUUGCGGUGCGAGCCCGUGGCACGCACCCUACUGGGAGUUGCAGAGAGCAACUCGCACAGCUUCUGGGCGAACAGCCAGACCUUCCAGCGUGUUGGUGGAGGCUUGGCGCGGCUAGUCUACCAGCUCUUGGGUGAUGAUGUGGAUGUGCGCCCGAUUGAAGGCAACAUGUACCUGGAAGCCGCCUUGCUGGGUGACUUCUUUGUGAACGACAGCAAGGUCAUCGUUGGAAGCUUCCCCGGCCUUUUUGGCACGGAGCAGGGUGAGGAGUUGAGGAGUUUCUGCCGGCGCCACGGGGUGCCCCUUGCCUGGGCCUUGGGCAAUGGCCGCGCUUGGCCGGCGGAGGAAGCGGAGAAGUGGGCAUGGCUGCCGUGGGAGCCCUUCGAAUUCUGGAAGAACGAUGGUGAGAGACUCCUGGACCCCAUGGCUGGCUGGGAGCUCACCACUGAGCCAAAGGCCGCCGAGGGAAGCCGCGAAUUGUGGAAGAAAGUCUGGGAAGAAGUCGCUCAAAGGCGGAGAGCGCUCGGGCACAGAGAAUGGUUGCAAAGAGCUGCCAUUGAAGCAUGGUGGAGCCAGAUUAAGUCCAAAGACAUCCCAGUGCGAAUGCAACGCAGAAUGAACUGCAAGCCUGCAGACAUGUGCUUUGGCACUAUUCAGCUUGGAGGCGCCAGCCGAUGCAUUUGCCGCGCCAGCCCCUCUAGCGAUGCUGGGUCUCCUCCCAUCGUUGUUUGAAACAGGAGGGAGAGUUGCUGAGUUCCAUCCGUUCAUGCCGAUUGGGCAUGCGCAGAGAUGGACUACAAUGACUGCAGAGAAGUUCACGUGGUUGGCAGGUCCCAUUAGAGAGGCCAGGUCC